AGAAAACCAAAAGCAAAAGAGACGAUGCUGGGCACUGGGUUCGAGCUUAAGCAGCAUACCCUCUUCCUCCCCUUAUCCAUGCCUUCUUUUCCCAUAAUUCCUUCAGCUUCAGCAAUAUCAUUCUCCCAAUUCCAAACAAAAAAUAAUGCUGUUGGUAAAGAAGCAACUAAUAAGUCUAAUAGUAUUAAUCAGAGACGCCACUCCAAGUCUUACUUGGAAAGGCAAUCUGCCAUUCUUCAACUUUCCUCAUCCUCUUCUCAAUCUCAUUUCGACUCUGCUCUUGCCAGCUCUUUGAAUGAAUGCAACAAAAUGGGAAGAUAAAUGCUUCAUCUUAUAGCAGUUAUAUGGAGUUCAUGAGAAAGAACAUAAAUCCUGUAAAGGCAAUGGAGAUAUACAACGGCAUUAAAGAUGAAUCAGCAAAAAACAAUGUGUUCAUAUGCAAUUGUGUUCUUAGUUGUCUGGUUAGGAAUGGCAGUUUGGAAUGGCAAGUUUGAUAGCAGCAUUAAAAUGCUUCAUCAGAUGAAGCAGGAUGGUUUAAUGCCAGAUGUUGUUACACAUAGCACGCUGCUUGCAGGUUGCAUCAAAGUUAAACAUGGUUAUUCUAAGGCAUUAGAGCUGGUUCGGGAGCUUCAACAUAAUGGGCUGCACAUGGACAGUGUAAUUUAUGGGACACUUGUAGCUGUUUGUGCUUCAAAUACUAAAUUGGAAGAAGCAGAAAGCUAUUUUAACUGGAUGAAAGAUGAAGGUCAUUUGCCAAAUGUGUUUCACUACAGUUCUUUGCUCAAUGCUUACUCAAUUAGUGGAAACUAUAGAAAGGCUGACGAGUUGGUUCAAGAUAUGAAAUCUGCAGGGUUAGUACCAAAUAAGCUGCUGAGAGGUUCUUAUUACCGAGUGAGACUGCUGCAUAGGCUAGAAUUUGAUCAGCUGCCCAUGCAUGACUUUUGAUGUCUUGUCAACCCGGUGAAAACUCUAAAUAAGGUUUAUUUGCAGGGGCUUGCAGUAUGGCAAUUGGGGAGUUUGUGUCUGUGUACACCCAGAGGGACAUAGAAGUGGCACAAAUAAA